CGGUUAACUUUGGCGCACAGUGUUUUGCUACCAGUUAACGGUGGAAGGCGAGCCCGACCAAGGCAACGCGUCGGAACAGAACGGUCGAACCAUCGGCGUCGGCGGGGCCGACUUAUAGACGGAAAUCGACUGUAGCCCCAGUUAUCUCGGGUAUUUCCGUUCGGUGUUACGUUAAGGCCUGCUUACUCGGUUACAACGUUUCGAUGCCCUUUCACUGAUUUGAUGGAAUCCCAUUUAACUUGCCGAAAACUCGAAAGGCCCAAUCAAUCGAACAACUCGGGUUAUGGUAAACUUUGGGUGCACCAAAACUGACAGCGGCGGAGUAGAAUGUUUCGUUGAGUUCAAGGAGUCAACGAACUCACGUCUGUCGGCUAACGGAUAUAAAAUCAGCGCUAUGGCCAGGUUCAUAGAAGUGCUGGCAACUAUCGGAUCAUUCGUUCUCAUGCUCGUCACCCUUCCCUUUUCUCUUUGCUUCACGUUCAAAGUUGUUCAGGAGUACGAGCGAGCGGUAGUCUUCAGAAUGGGUCGCCUCAAGGGUGGAGCUUACGGGCCAGGAACUUUUUUCCUGAUGCCUUGCGUGGACAACUGCGUGCUGGUCGAUAUGAGGACGGUGUCCUUCGACGUACCUCCUCAGGAAAUUCUGACCAAGGAUUCCGUGACUGUGAGCGUUGACGCGGUUGUUUAUUACCGGAUAAAGGAACCUCUGAACGCCGUCGUCAAAAUAGCCAACUACAGCCAUUCAACGCGCCUUUUAGCCUCCAGCACCCUGCGCACGGUUCUCGGCACACGAAGUCUCGCUGAAAUACUAGCCGAGCGGGAAACCAUAUCGCACACGAUGCAGAGCUCGCUCGACGAAGCAACCGACCCCUGGGGCGUCAAGGUGGAACGCGUCGAGAUAAAGGACGUUCGCUUACCCGUCCAGCUCCAACGGGCGAUGGCAGCCGAAGCCGAAGCAGCGAGAGAAGCCCGGGCCAAAGUAAUCGCGGCAGAGGGUGAGAUGCGCGCGUCUCGUGCUCUCAAAGAAGCCAGUGACGUCAUAUCCGAAAGCCCAGCAGCUCUUCAGCUUCGCUACCUGCAAACCCUGAACAACAUCUCGGCGGAGAAGAAUUCGACCAUUAUAUUCCCACUACCCGUUGACCUGCUGGCGCCUUUCCUCUCAUUUGGUCAGCAACACCAACGUCAGGAAGUUUUUCAACGUCAGCCGUAACCGUCGCCAUAGUUACGAAUAGAAUUUAAUGUUUCUGUUUCGAAACAUCUAACCGGAUAUGCAGAUUGUUUCCAGGAUAACGCAAGCGGAUAAUGGACAUCGCCAGGUCGUCGGGACGAUCAAUUACAAUCGGUUUGAACGUGACACCUGUAUACACGUAAGAUAUAUCGUCGUACCUAUACCUACAUUGUAGCUACGCAAUAAUAAUCAGGAAAACGAG